CUUCACACAUCUCUGAUGGUCCUUCAGUCGGCAUGACAACGCGCUCUCGAGGGCAAACGGGGAACGGCUGACGGACGCGAGAAUGGCAGCAGAAGAUGCCCAGUAACGGAAACAGCGGCGGCAACGGAGCGAACAGCAGCACCGGGACCUGCUCCGGUAGCGGCUCGGUUCAUGUCCCGGCCAUGGAGAGAGCCCGUCCGGCGACGGUGACAGUCUCCGCGGUGAGCCUGUCGCUCAGCGUGCUGUCCCUGCUGCUGCUGGUCACCGCCAUCUCCACCGACCACUGGUACGAGACCGACACCCGCAGGCACAAGGACAACUGCGACCGACACGGAUCCGACUCCAACGAUCAAAAGAACCGGGAGAUGCCCAUUUACCACCUGCCGCUGGUGGACACCGGCAGCGGCGGGGCCCGGCAGCGGGACGUGGCGCUGAUGAAGCCCGUGCAUGUGGGCAGCAGAGAGGAGGAGCUGUUGGAGAACUGGCGAGCCAUCCUGGGGAUGGGCAUCCUGGAGACCGAGUGCGGCAGGCCGCUGUUCUCCACACACUCCGGCCUGUGGAGGAAGUGCUACUUCAAGGGCCUGGACCCGGACAUCGACAAGCUCAUCGACCGGGGUAUCGCAGAUCGCUGCACAGCUGUCAAGUAUCACUUCUCUCAGCCAAUCAGACUGAGGAACAUCCCUCUGAACCUGACCAGGACCAUCCAACAGGACGAGUGGCACCUGCUGCACUUGCGGAGGAUCACAGCAGGGUUCCUGGGCAUGGCAGCGGCCGUCCUCCUGUGUGGGAGCAUCGUGGCGUCCGUCGGGUUCUUCUGGGAGGAGAGUCUGACGCAGCACGUGUCCGGACUGCUGUUCCUCAUGGCAGGUAUCUUCUGCACCAUCUCUCUGUGUACGUACGCAGCCAGCGUGACCUACGACCUCUCCAGGAAUCCUCCCUUCAUCUAUGGUCUGCCAGCUGACGUGGACCACGGGUACGGCUGGUCCAUCUGCUGCGCCUGGGCCAGUCUGGGACUGACCGUGGCGUCCGGCUGCCUCGGGACCACCUUCCCCUUCCUGAGCCAGGCCGGAGCUCUGCGAUCCAAAACUGCCCGCGAGUCCUCCGUCUGAGCUGCCGGCUGCCAAUCAUUGAGAGGAGGAGGAGUUUUGAGCGGGCCGCAGCAGGUCCGGGACAGACUGUUGGCGGCAGGGCUUCGGCCUCCAGGUGACGUUAUGGAGUUAAACGCCUGUUUCUAAAACGUGUUGCGUGAUGUGUCUGCACCACAGCGCCCCCUGCUGACUGUCACUGUUUAUGAUGUAUUAACACACACACACACACACACACACACACACACACACACGACUGUAGUUGAGUGGAGUCAAGUCUCAGACUGAGUCACAUAUUUAACCUGCGACGGCUUCACUGACACCUCCACCUGCUGCAGGACCAGGACCAGGACCAGGACCAGGACCAGGACCAUGUCCAGUGAUGAUUCAUCUGUCACAUAAUAAAACAGGUCAAAACAAAGACUCAAACGUUUGAUUUAUUAAAAUACUCGUUAACUUCAUUAAUUGAUCACUGAUCAGCUGAUCAGUGCAGCUCUGAUUCAGACACAGUGUGAAGACUUUGAUCCUGAUUCUACUGAUCCUGAGUCCAGGUGAUGGUGCAGCCACGAGGUCCACCUGUGCUGAGCUGACAUCACAAAUAUCAUACCUCAGUCCAGGUCCAGAGUCCAGAACCUUUAAAACCAUAAUCAGUUCUAAAAUAAUCCACCUGUCUCAGCUGGUGUCUCCCUGUCUCUAACCCUGCAGAAACCAUCCAGGUUCUUAAGAGACCAUGUCUACAGGCUAAGACUGGACUCAACCGCUGCAGCAACACACACACUGUAGAACUAAUGAUCCAAACCUGCAGAUCCAGAUCCGGAUCAGUCAUGAUGCAACAAACAGGAGUAAUCCAGGUCUGUAGACCACCAGACCACCAGACUAUCAGAUCUGCUUUGGACCACCAGACCAUCAGACCCUCAGACCCUCAGACCAUCAGACCCUCAGACCAUCAGACCAUCAGACCCUCCAUCAGACCAUCAGACCCUCCAUCAGACCAUCAGACCCUCAGACCAUCAGACCCUCAGACCCUCAGACCAUCAGACCCUCAGACCCUCAGACCAUCAGACCAUCAGACCAUCAGACCCUCAGACCCUCAGACCAUCAGACCAUCAGACCAUCAGACCCUCAGACCCUCAGACCAUCAGACCAUCAGACCCUCAGACCAUCAGACCAUCAGACCAUCAGACCCUCAGACCAUCAGACCCUCAGACCUUCAGACCAUCAGACCAUCAGACCAUCAGACCCUCAGACCCUCAGACCAUCAGACCCUCAGACCAUCAGAACCUCAGACCCUCAGACCAUGAGACCCUCAGACCAUGAGACCCUCAGACCAUCAGACCCUCAGACCCUCAGACCAUGAGACCCUCAGACCAUCAGACCAUCAGACCAUCAGACCCUCAGACCCUCAGACCAUCAGACCCUCAGACCCUCCAUCAGACCCUCAGACCAUCAGACCCUCAGACCAUCAGACCCUCAGACCAUCAGACCCUAAGACCAUCAGACCAUCAGACCAUCAGACCCUCAGACCCUCAGACCAUCAGACCAUCAGACCCUCAGACCAUCAGACCAUGAGACCCUCAGACCAUCAGACCCUCAGACCCUCAGACCAUGAGACCCUCAGACCAUCAGACCAUCAGACCAUCAGACCCUCAGACCCUCAGACCAUCAGACCCUCAGACCCUCCAUCAGACCCUCAGACCAUCAGACCCUCAGACCAUCAGACCCUCAGACCAUCAGACCCUAAGACCAUCAGACCAUCAGACCAUCAGACCCUCAGACCCUCAGACCAUCAGACCAUCAGACCCUCAGACCCUCAGACCAUCAGACCAUCAGACCAUCAGACCCUCAGACCCUCAGACCAUGAGACCCUCAGACCAUGAGACCCUCAGACCAUCAGACCCUCAGACCCUCAGACCAUGAGACCCUCAGACCAUCAGACCAUCAGACCAUCAGACCAUCAGACCCUCAGACCAUCAGACCAUCAGACCCUCAGACCAUCAGACCAUCAGACCAUCAGAUUCUCAGACCAUCAGACCCUCAGACCUUCAGACCAUCAGACCAUCAGACCAUCAGACCCUCAGACCCUCAGACCAUCAGACCCUCAGACCAUCAGAACCUCAGACCCUCAGACCAUGAGACCCUCAGACCAUGAGACCCUCAGACCAUCAGACCCUCAGACCCUCAGACCAUGAGACCCUCAGACCAUCAGACCAUCAGACCAUCAGACCCUCAGACCCUCAGACCAUCAGACCCUCAGACCCUCCAUCAGACCCUCAGACCAUCAGACCCUCAGACCAUCAGACCCUCAGACCAUCAGACCCUAAGACCAUCAGACCAUCAGACCAUCAGACCAUCAGACCCUCAGACCCUCAGACCAUCAUACAAUCAGACCCUCAGACCCUAAGACCAUCAGAACUGCUGUAGACCAUGUUCACUGUCUAUCUAAAGUUUUUCAACAGACACUGAACUUGAUAUAUUUUUAAGAUGAUCAGACCAGUUCUGGUCUCGCAGCAGCCCACUCUGGUCACGGUUUUAGGGGAGAGUCCAGCAUCUGGAUUCCUCUGGGACCUCAGUCCUCUCCUGAACCUCAGAUAUGAAAUGAAAACUUUGAUGUGUGACAUACAGAGUAAAGACCAGGUGUGAUGUUCAUGUUCUGAGUGAUGCAGGUUUGGAUCACAGUUUGUCCUCACAGACAGAGGUGUGUAUAUAAAACCUGGUCAGUAAACAUGUGACUGAACUGAAGCAGUGUUGUAUGUUGUUUGUUGAAAUGAGAGCUGAGCCACAAACUCUGAGCUGGAUCUGAACCGUGGAGCUGAAGGGGGAAUGUGACGUCUGUCCAGGGAACGUAUGGAACAUUUACUACAGAACAUCUGGACCAGAAAAACACCAGAGUUCCUUUAUCACCAAACCUGAUUCACCAGUGGACUGGUCUGACCUGCGUCAGGAGGAUCAACGUGACCUCUGCCUCGUCUUUGUCUCUCACACAGGAAGUCCAGGUGUGAACAGGUGUAUGAACUCACCUGAAGCUUAACUGACUACUGCCUGGUGCUUCAUCAUUUAUUAAACAAACUCUUCAGUAGUCUUCAGCUCAGUCUCACUGCAGCAGGUUGAAGGCCACAUCCGUACCCCUGAUUCCCUCUGAUACCCUGUGAUACCCCAUGAUACCCCACAAUAAACUCUGAUUCCCCAUGAUACCCUCUGAUACCCCACGAUACCCUUUGAUACCCCCCGAUACCCCUCUCUUCUACCCAGGCUGAUGGGGGAGAAUCAGGGUAUAAUCUGAAUGACAGGACCUCAUGUUCAAACAGCUGAUCAGGUAUUUCUGAUCACAGAUCAGUAACUAUCUGAUACCCCCUGAUACCCCACAUUGCCUCUUAAACACUCUGGUACCCUCUUAAACCCUAACCCUAUGAUAUCCAUGAUGCCUUCUGAAAUCCUCUCAUACCCCAUUAUACUUUCUGAUCCUACUCCAUGAUCUCUUAAACCCUCCAAUACCAUCUGAUAUCUACUCAUGCAUCCUAAAAUCCCCUGAUACCCCGCAUUUUCUGAGAUACCCCUAUAGUUUAUCUUCUGAUACCCCGUCAUACCCCUCCUGUAACCUCCAUUGUCAACAGUUAUCUCUAAUGCCCUCUAAAUAUCUUUAUACACCUCUUCUACCCUUUGAUACCCUAUCAUGCCCCUCCUUUACCCUCUAAUACCCCCUGAUACCUAUUUAAAGCAAGUCCCCCAUCCUCCAUGGUCCUGGUUUUGUACAGGGGUAAAAUCUGGUUUUAAGACUUGAACAGUUUCAGUUUAUAUUCGCUGUAAAGUUGCUUUAAUAAUUUCUGUAAUGAACAGACAGAAAACCUCAGGUAAAGAAGUGAUUAUUAUCAAUAUAUCAAUAGAUCAAUACAUCAAUACAUCAAUGCAUCAAUUGAUAACAAUAAUAAUGAUAAUAUGUGUGUUGAGUAAUUGUGUCAGGUCUGGAUCCUACAGGUCAAGAGUCAGAGAUACCUGAAAAAUGAGAUACAGUCUCCAUCAUACCCCAUCAUACCCCUCCUGUACCCUCUGAUACACCAUCAUGCCCCAUCAUACCCCUCCCGUACCCUCCUCUGCCCUCUGCUGCCCUCUGCUGGACGCUGAGUGUCUCUUCAGUCUUAUGUUGGCUUCCUGAUGUUCAGCUGUAAAUAAACAAUAUAAACGUCA